GUGGGUGUAGCUGCAAGUUAGAGCUCACAAAACGCACAGCAAAAAGGUAGGGCCUGUGUGUUCAUCCUUUCUCACUAACUGGCUUUAAUUAUAUUUUCAAAAUGCCGACCCGUUUCUCCCACAACCGUAAGAAGCGCGGACACGUCUCCGCCGGACAUGGUCGCAUUGGUAAGCACCGCAAGCAUCCCGGAGGUCGUGGUCUUGCCGGUGGUCAGCACCACCACCGCAUCCACAUGGAUAAGUACCAUCCCGGUUACUUUGGUAAGGUCGGUAUGCGUUACUUCCACAAGACCCAGAACCAGUUCUGGCGCCCCACCAUCAACGUGAACAAGAUCUGGACCCUUGUUGACGCUGAGUCCCGCGCCAAGGCCCUUGAGAACAAGGAGCUUGCCCCGGUUGUUGACCUCAUCAGAAGCGGCUACGCCAAGGUCCUCGGUAAGGGCAGACUCGACAAGAAGCGCCCCAUCAUUGUCAAGGCCCGCUACGUCUCCAGCCUGGCUGAGAAGAAGAUCAAGGCCAGCGGUGGUGCCGUUAUCCUUGCCGCUUAAGGUGUCGAUUGAAAAUAGACAUUAACUGUUUUUAGCCUUUUUCCUUUAGUUGUGUGCGAGACCGUACACGGAUUCAAUGUAUUUUGGUUUGUUUACGGUAAAA